UGCAUGGUUUUACUUGAGUUUACACGUCCCAGCAGUUAAGCAAAGCCUUCAUACAACAGACAUGGCUUCAGCCAGAAGUCUAAUAGCUGACGAGGAUUUUCUUUGCUCCAUUUGUCUGAGUGUCUUCACUAAGCCUGUGUCAAUCCCCUGCGGGCACAACUUCUGUGUUGACUGUAUCACAGGGUUCUGGGACUCUAGCAAUCCUAGAUGCCAAUGUCCACUGUGUAACGAGGCAUUUUCUAGCAGACCGAUGCUCCGGGUUAACACAACCAUCGCUGAGCUGAUUGAAAAGUUCAAAAAAACAACUCAAGAAAUAUCCUCUGCUGCCGUUGAAGAGAAACAAGCAGGAAGUGCCGUUGAAGAGAAACAAGCAGGGGAAGUGCUGUGUAGUAUCUGUGAAGGGGCGAAGCUCCCAGCCCUGAGGUCCUGCUUGGAGUGUGUCAUGUCUUAUUGUGAAACGCAUCUGGAGCCUCAUCAGAGAAUUGCCACCUUGAAGAAGCACACGCUGAUCAACACAGGGGAGGACCUGGAACGCAGGCUGUGUGACAAGCAUGGCAAGCUCAUGAAGAUGUUUUGCAUUUCAGAUAAAAGUUUUAUCUGUCACGUCUGUAACAGCAGUAACCAUAAAACCCAUAAAACAGUGACCAUAGAGCAGGCGGCUAAAGAGCUAAAAACCCAGCUGGGAUUGAAGAAGAGUCAGAGGGAUCAGAUGAUCGAGAAACGUCAGCAGAGAAUUGAAGAGAUUGAAAACUCAUUGGAGGCUAGCAGAACUAACGCAGCGAUGACACUGUCAAGCACUGUGAGCGCGGUGCAUGAUGCGGUGGACUACAUUAAGAGGAGCCUCGAUGAGUUCACUGAGGUUAUCGAGACAAAGCAGGGAAAAAUUGAAACUGAGGCAAAAGAAUUAAUUCAAGAACUUGAUCGGGAAAUUGUGCAAAUAAAGCAGGAAAGCACGCACCUCGAUGCACCGACUAACAAAGACCCCUUCAUGUUCAUUACAAACUUCCGUUCUCUUAGCAUCACUCAGCCCAAGCUGAAGGUCUUGGCCGGGAUGACUCUUAAAUGUCCCCCCUUUCCAGCACAGGGAGCCAGUCUGAGGGCAACACUCAUGGGAGACAUGAGUAGGCUGUGUGAUCCUGACUUGAAAGAAAAGCAGCAGCAUGCUGUAGAUGUAACUCUGGAUCCCGACACAGCAAACCCCAAACUCACACUUUCUCCAGACAGUAAGAUGGUGACACACACAGACAGAGAGAUAAAACAUAGAAACGUCCCGGAGAUGUUUGACCAAGUCUUAGCUGUCCUGGGAAAAGAAGGAUUAAGCUCAGGAAAAUUUUACUACGAGGUCCAAGUUAAGGACAAAACUAAAUGGAUUCUAGGAGUUGUAAACCAUUCAAUCAACAGAAAGGGCAGAAUACAACCUAGCCCCGAGAACGGUCACUGGACCAUUUCUCUGAGAAUGGGAACUGAGUUUACAGCCAAUGCAAACCCUCCCGUCAACUCCCAUCUGAGGGAGAUGCCUCAAAAGGUCGGAGUGUAUGUAGACUACAAGGAGGGUGAAGUCUCCUUCUACAAUGUAGACACCAGGGCGAGAAUCUUCUCCUUCACUGGAUGCAACUUCACCGAGAAGCUCCUUCCAGUCUUCGGCCCCGGUAAUAAUGAUGGCAGUGAAAACUCCGCCCCUUUGAUCAUUACUUCCGUCACACACAGCAUAAGGAAACUGGGAGGGAACUGCUUUUCCAGUUCACUGCUGAAACAGAAUCUCUCCAGCAAAGGAGAGGAGCUUCAUGACAUGGGUUCAGCCAAAAGUGUAAUAGCUGACGAUGAUUUUCGUUGUACGAUUUGUCUGAGUGUCUUCACUAAGCCUGUGUCCAUCCCCUGCGGACACAACUUCUGUUUUGACUGUAUCACAAAGUUCUGGGACUCAAGCGAUCCUAGAUGCCAAUGUCCACUGUGUAACGAGACAUUUUCCAGCAGACCAAUGCUCCGGGUUAACACAAUCAUCUCUGAGCUGAUUGAAAAGUUGAAACAAACAACCCAAGAAAAAUCCUCUGCUACCGUUGAAGAGGAACAAUCGGGAGAAGUGCUUUGUAGUAUCUGUGAAUGGGCAAAGUUCCCAGCCCUGAGGUCCUGCUUGGAGUGUGUCAUGUCUUACUGUGAAACGCAUCUGGAGCCUCAUCAGAGAAUUGCCACCUUGAAGAAGCACACGCUGAUCAACCCAGUGGAGGACCUGGAACGCAGGCUGUGUGACAAGCAUGACAAGCUUAUGGAGAUGUUUUGCAUUUCAGAUCAAAGUUUUAUCUGUGACAUCUGUAACAGCAGUAACCAUAAAACCCAUAAAACAGUGACCAUAGAGCAGGCGGCUCAAGAGCUAAAAACCCAGCUGGGAUGGAAGAAGAGUCAGAGGGAUCAGAUGAUCGAGAAACGUCAGCAGAGAAUUGAAGAGAUUGAAAAAUCAUUGGAGGCUAGCACAACUGACUCAGUGAUGGCACUGUCAAGCACCGUGAGCGCGGUGAAUGAUGCGGUGGACUACAUUAAGAGGAGCCUUGUCGAGUUCACUGAGGUUAUCGAGACAAAUCAGGGAAAAAUUGAAACUGAGGCAGAAGCAUUAAUUCAAGAACUGGAUCUUGAAAUUGUGCAAAUAAAGCAGGAAAGCACCGACCUCGAUGUACCGACUGGCAUAGACCCCUUUGUGUUCCUUACACGCUUCCGUUCUCUUAGCAUCACUCAGCCCAAGGUGAAGGACUGGGCUGGUGUGACUCUUAAAUGUCCCCCGUUUCCAGCACAGGGAGACAAGCUGAGGGCAACACUCAUGAGAGACAUGAGUAGGCUAUGUGAUCCUGACUUGAAAGAGAAGCAGGAGCAUGCUGUAGAUGUAACUCUGGAUCCUGACACAGCAAACCCCAAACUCAGACUUUCUGCAGACAGGAAGAAAGUCGCACACGGAGACAAAAAAGUGAAGCAUAGAAACGUCCCGGAGAGUUUUGACCAAUUCUUAGCUGUCCUGGGAAAAGAUGGAUUCUGCUCAGAAAAAUUGUACUACGAGGUCCAAGUUAAGGACAAAACCAAAUGGCUUCUAGGAGUUGUAAACCAUUCCAUCAACAGAAAGGGCGACAUACAACCUAGCGCAGAGAUCGGUUACUGGACCAUUUGUCUGAGAAAGGGAACUGAGUUUACAGCCAGUGCAAACACUGCCGUCGACCUCCAUCUGAGCGAGAUGCCUCAAAAGGUCGGAGUGUUCGUCGACUACAAGGAGGGUGAAGUCUCCUUCUACAAUGUGGAUACCAGGGCGAACAUCUUCUCCUUCACUGGAUGCAACUUCACCGAGAAGCUCUUUCCAGUCUUCGGCCCUGGUCAUAACGAUGGCGGCGAAAACUCCGCCCCGUUGAUCAUUACUUUCGUCACACACAACGCCUGAGUUUUUUGUUUGUUUUCCAUGAUGACGGGAUUCUAGUUUGUCCCAGCCAUCAGUGCCAGGGCUGUGUGCCAGUGUGCGUCACCUGUUACUCAAACAGCUGUAGAUCUCAAACAGAGUCUCCAUGAAGCCAACAGGACAUCCACUUAAUCUUCAUGAUCUGGACACUAUUAAAGAUGCUCUUACACACUAACACAAGAGCUGCAGAUCAUUGAUGACAUAAUGGAUGGGUUUAAAGGGCAUUUGUCAUUCAGUUUUUCUCAGAUAAUUAUUUCCCCACAAAUCAAUGAGUUCAACGAAAAACGUGAUUGUUUUAUGAGAACCAGACUCACACAUGGUGCCUUGUCCUCUGAUUGGAAUAAGCCAAACGUGAGAGGUGCAGGAUAAAGUCAAAUUAAAUAACGAAUUAAAGUCCGCUUUUCCUUCUUUUUCAACAGUUGUGUUGUUACAGUUGUAUCUUUAUUGAGAAUGUUUCACUUAAUUCAUUUUAAUCGGACAAAGAAAAGGGAUUUUUGAAAAUGUGUUUCUUACUUUUUAAAAAAUUGUUCUUGCUUUUCUUGAUGAUCAAUCAGAUUCUGAUAUUUAACACCUGAUUGGACGUUGUAGCUUUAGGUUGUGCUCAUGUGCUGUGUUGGAGUGGAUACUGUGCAGACAGGAAACUGUUAAAUAUUGUUGUGUGUUGAAUAAGUAUGUGACGUUGCCCAUUUGACAACAUGUAUUCACUAAAGAAAAGAUAAGAUUAAAGGUG